GCGGAACCACUCAGUGGAGCCUCCCGGACAGACAGAGCAUGCGCGGAGCUGCGCCGGCCGGGAUCGCUAUGGUAGCGGCGUCGCCUUGGGCCGUGAGUUCGUGCUCCCGCGCGGGCCAGGCCGUCUUUGCUGCCCGGGACACCGUAGCUUAACCGGGCAUGAACUGGGCCUCUCGCUGUGGCCUGCUGCCCUGCCUUCCGCCACCGUCGCUGCCGCACCGCGACUGUUGCCCCGCGCCGGGAACAUGCCCCUGGACGCCUACAGCUACCUGCAGGUCGUGGGCAGGGGCAGCUACGGGGAGGUGACACUCGUGAGGCACCGGCGGGACGGCAGGCAGUAUGUCAUCAAAAAACUGAACCUCCGAAAUGCCUCCAGCCGAGAGCGGCGAGCUGCUGAACAGGAAGCACAGCUCUUGUCUCAGCUGAAACACCCCAAUAUUGUCACCUACAAGGAGUCGUGGGAGGGAGGAGAUGGUCUGCUGUACAUUGUCAUGGGCUUCUGCGAAGGAGGUGACCUAUACCGAAAGCUCAAGGAGCAGAAAGGGCAGCUUCUGCCUGAAACUCAGGUGGUGGAGUGGUUCGUUCAGAUUGCCAUGGCUCUGCAGUAUUUACAUGAAAAGCACAUCCUUCACCGAGAUCUGAAAACUCAAAAUGUCUUCCUAACAAGAACAAACAUCAUCAAAGUGGGUGACCUGGGAAUUGCCCGAGUGUUAGAAAACCAUUGUGACAUGGCGAGCACCCUCAUUGGCACACCCUACUAUAUGAGCCCUGAACUGUUCUCAAACAAACCCUACAACUAUAAGUCUGAUGUUUGGGCUCUGGGAUGCUGUGUUUAUGAAAUGGCCACCCUGAAGCAUGCCUUUAAUGCAAAAGACAUGAAUUCUCUAGUUUAUCGGAUUAUUGAAGGAAAGCUGCCACCAAUGCCAAAAGAUUAUAGCCCAGAGCUGGCAGAACUAAUAAGAACAAUGCUGAGCAAAAGGCCUGAAGAAAGACCCUCUGUGAGAAGCAUCCUGAGGCAGCCUUACAUAAAGCGCCAAAUCUCCUUAUUUUUGGAGGCGACAAAGGCAAAAACCUCCAAAAAUAAUAUUAAAAAUGGUGACUCUAAAUCCAAGCCUUUCUCUUCAGUGGUUUCUGGAAAGGCUGAAACGAACCAUGGAGUAGUUGCCCACCACCCACACUCUUCUGAAGGCUCCAAGACGUAUAUAAUGGGUGAAGACAAAGGCUUAUCCCAGGAGAAACACAUAGUCAUUGGCCCUUUGAAGACACCUGCAAAUCUGAAAGGCCACACCUGCAAACCAGACAGGAGCAGUACCACAGAAUCACUAGCUACAAUCAGCGGAGUGAACAUUGACAUCUUAUCUGCAGAAAGGAACUUGAGUGACGGGUUAGUUCAAGAAAAUCAGCCAAGACACCUAGAUGCCUCUGAUGAGCUGGAAGGUAGAUGCAGUAUUUCUCAAGUGAAGGAGAGGCUGCAAGAUAACACUAAGUCCAGCACUCAGCCGGGAAACCUAAUUCCUAUGUGCUCCUCGGAUGAUGUCACUGGGGAAAGAAAAGAAAAGCCUUUGCAGCCCCUGAACAAAGACCAAAAGCUAAAGGACCAGGAUCAAGUUGCUGGUGAAUGUAUUAGUGAAAAAGAGGACAGAGCCCACCCAGGUAUACCUCCACACAGCUCUGGGUCUGAACCUUCCCUGUCUCGACAACGACGGCAGAAGAAGAGAGAACACACUGAGCACAGUGGGGAAAAGAGACAGUUCCAGGAGGCUCCACAUCCACUUUUGCCUUCUCUUCCCACUGUUGGAAAAAUGGAUGUCACAUCAACUGAAAAGGAGGCUGAAAACCAAAGCAGGGUGGUCACUGAGUCUGUGAGCAGUUCCAGAAGCAGUGAGGUGUCAUCAUCAAAGGAUCGACCAUUAUCAGCAAGAGAAAGGAGGCGACUAAAGCAGUCACAGGAAGCGGUGUUACCCUCAGGCCCUUCUGUGAGGAGCACUUCUCCUAGUGCAGCGGGGCCAGGAAAGCCACAAGAGGAAAGCCAGUCCACCUCUGCUCUACGGUUUUCUUCUGACAGAAGCUUUGCUCAGAAAAGAAAACUCACCCAGUGUUUCUCUGAGGAGGAGUUAAGUUCCUCGGCAAGUUCAACUGAUAAGUCAGAUGGGGAUUCCAGAGAAGGGAAAGGUCAUUCAAGUGAAAUGAGUGACUUGGUACAAUUGAUGACUCAGACCCUAAAGUUGGACUCUAAAGAGAGCUGUGAGGAUCUCCCAGUACCAGAUCCAGUGUCAGAAUUUAAACUUCAUCGGAAGUACCAGGACACAUUGAUACUUCAUGGGAAAGUUGCAGAACAGGCAGAGGAGCUCCAUUUUAAAGAGCUACCUUUAGCUAUCAUGCCAGGUUCUGAAAAGAUCAGAAGAAUAGUUGAAGUCUUGAGAGCUGAUGUAGUCCAGGGCCUGGGGAUUCAGCUUCUAGAGCAGGUGUAUGAUCUUUUGGAAGAGGAGAAUGAGUUGGAGAGAGAGGCAUCCACUGGGAGUCUUGGAACACAUCCCUGGCAGAUAAGGAGGUACAUUUGCGGGAGCACAUGGGUGAAAAGUAUGCAACUUACAGUGUGAAAGCUCGCCAAUUGAAAUUUUUUGAAGAAAAUGUGAAUUUCUGAGAAUUUAUUAUAAUAUGCUGCCAGAACUAAAGACCUAUACUCAGAGGUGUUUGGCUUAAACAGAAACUUAUAAUGAUGGCUGGAGGCUAUUCACAAGCCUUGUAUCUCUUUGGUUAUUUUUAUUACUAGAAAAAUAAUAGGACAGAACAAAUAUGAAGCAAACUCCCAAAAGAAACAAACUUUGGCUAUCUUGUUCUUUUGGUGAGAAAAAAAUCCAGGACUUUGGUUGCUGUUUACUGAGCCUUAAACCACCAACUUUAUAUCUAGAACUUUAUUUUUUUAAGGUACUAAUUAGCUUGAAUACUGGAUCAUAUAGCAUUGGAUUGGAAGUUUUAUAUUCUAUUAUAGUGAUUAAAGCAAUAGGAGAAAUAAAUGAAAUAAUAUGCUCAGUGAUACUACUUGUCAUUGUUAAUAACCUUAAGUAGUAGUUGAUAAAUUAUUUUGUAAAAAGUCAAUUCAAGAUCCUGGGAUUAAAUUUAAAGAAUAUGAAGUUGUAUCUAGUACUUGAGCAACUGAAUUCCCUCUUUACAUAUAUGGACAUUGAACAUUUUAUUUCCAUGUAAUAUGCACCUCUUCAGGUAUACUAAUAGAUAUUUUGACUUUGUAACACUGUGUUAAUAUGUUGGUUUUUAGACUUAUUUUUCCAUCAUUGAAAACAUUUCUUAAAUACUUAUUCCUUUUCCAGUUAAGCAAUUUGUAUAUAAAGUCCAGCUCCUUUUAGUUAUGUUGGACAUAUUUGUCUCCUGAAGUUCGGCUUCUUGUACAUCAAGAUACUGGUUGUCUUUCCAUGUUUUAAAUGUACGCUUACAUGUUAUUUAUUUUAUUAGUUGUUUUAAAGGGUAUUGCCCAACUAGGAAACAGUUUUUAUAAAAUAAAUCUUGAUUAGUAAAUUUUCA